CCGAAAUUUGACAACGUCAGGCCUGACCUUGAGCGUCUCUCGAUGCAAAACAAGACUUCACCGUUCGUUUUGCUGGAAAUGCGAAUUGUGAGCGAGCGUCUCCUCUGAUAUACUUGUACCCCUUUGAAAGUCUUAGGGUUAGGGUUAGGGUUAUCCUAACUUGGAAACGUCCUCAAUUCCACAUCUUCCGAUUUUUAUAUCUAACAUCUCCCUCCCGUACAGUAGUUGCAAUUCCAACCUACAAAUAGACAGCCCGAGGCGGCUUCCAAAGAUGGACUUCGACGAGCCAUGCCCAACCGAGAUCAAUGUCAUCACGCUGAACUGUUGGGGCCUCAAAUACCUGGCCAAGUUCCGGAAUCAACGACUGGAAGAGAUUGGGAAACGCAUUGCCGCAGCUGAUCCAAUCCCCGAUAUCGUGGGUCUUCAAGAAUGCUGGACUCAGCAAGAUUAUCAGGCCAUUCGCAAAGAGACGAAGCGCAUGUUACCGUAUGGGAAGUUCUACCAUAGUGGCAUCUUUGGUGGAGGACUCGCAAUUCUGUCCAAAUGGCCCAUUGAAGAGAGUUCCAUGUUUCGGUAUCCUCUCAAUGGAAGACCAACCGCUUUCUUUCGCGGCGAUUGGUUUGUGGGGAAGGGCGUGGCGUCUGCGCGCAUUCGAUAUGGACCGGGCAAGAAGGAUAUUGUCGAGGUAUUUACUACACAUGUGAGUUUCUAGUCUGCCAGUCCCAUAUAAAGAGAAAGCUUCUGACUAGUCCAGCUUCACGCCCCAUACGAAGCCGAGCCCAACGAUUCAUACAUCUGCCAUCGAACUGCUCAAGCUUGGAAAAUAGCAAAACUGAUUCGAGGCGCCUCCGAACGCGGUCAUUUGGUUCUUGCACUAGGAGAUUUCAACAUGAUCCCCCUCUCACUCGCCCAUCGAUUAAUAAGCACACACGCCCCAGUUCGAGAUGUCUGGCUUCUACUACAUCCAGACUCGUCUCUGGGUGCAUCCGAAGAUCCUGUCGAAAAGGCGAGAAGGCGACCUAUUCCUACUGCCGAAUUCAAUAUAACCGAAAAUGGUGCAACAUGCGAUAGUGUUCUCAAUACAUGGCGCUGGAAUAAAGCUCAACAAAAGCUUUUAGGCCCGAAUAAAGCACAAAUUGAGAUACCAGGCGACUGUGUCGACCCUAAAGCCAAGCGUUUAGAUUACAUCUUUGCCAACACGAAUUUCGACCCUCUGAAUCCCGAGAAUGGUGGUUGGGCCGUCAAGACAGCCAAAGUAGGAAUGUUAUCUCGACACCCGGAUCUGCAAUGCUCACUGAGUGACCACUUUUCCGUCGAGACGACUCUCAUCCAUUCCAAGGUCAUCGAAGCAGAAGCCAGCAAAGAAGAGGAAGAAACCGCCCUGAAAAAGGGCGCCUUCUUAUCAUCCCCCACCUCCAGCGAAUUCCGUUCCAUGAACGAACAAUUCAAGUAUUCCCCCCCGGAACACCUGCCCCUCCAAACCUACGACGAGAUCCUCGCCAUGAUCAUCAAUUACCGCGCGCGAGAAAAUAAACAGAGACGCUAUCGUCUGUGUCAUUUCCUUGCUUGGUUCCUCGUCGCGAUCGCCUGUUUAAUUGCCGUGUGGUUCAGUCCCAGGAAUUACGUAUCAUUUAUUUUGAUGUUCCUCAGUACGUUUGGUCUCGCUGGUGGUGUUAUCGAUGGAUUGAUUGGCGGCUUGUUUGUCGGUAGUGAGUUGAGGGCUCUCAAGGAAUUUGAGUGGGAGAUUAGUAAUGCGAGGGCGGCGGCUAGUGGGGAACCGCAUGUUUUGGCCGUGGAAGGCGUGAAGGAUUGGUAGGUGCGUGGCUGUAUUUGUUGGA